CAUAAUUGUUUUGUGCUAUACUAACUAGUGAAGAAGCAGAAAAAAAUGGCUCAGAUUUCAGUUUGGGUUUCACCCUUUCGCCACCCUGUACCGAUGGCCCUCGUCGCCGUCACUUCGCCCACUCCCUUCAUAUUUUAUCGGAACGUUAAACCGCUUUCUCUCUCCUCUCCACUCUCUCACCUCUCUCUCUCACCGCGCUUUCCCAGGUCUCCUUCUCGCCGCAUCCGCGCCUCCGCCGCUGACGACGCCGGCAAGCCGGCUGGGAAGAUCUCCGACGAGUGGGGCGAAGACUACGAGCCUGAAGCCGAGGCGUCAUCGUCCAAGCUUCCCGACUCUGAUCCUCCCAAGGACGAGGACGAAUGGCAGGAAGGAGCUGAAGCACCCGACGCCGGCGGAUAUAUCGACGGUGGGAACGGAACUCCGGUCGCUGAGGCUCCGUCGGAGGAGGGAGUGGAUGAUAAGGUGGAGGGACUGAAGCGUGCUUUGGUGGAUACUGUCUAUGGCACCGAGUUAGGGAUUCAAGCCGGGUCGGAAGUUCGUGCUGAGGUGUCCGAGUUGGUGACUCAGUUGGAAGCGGUGAACCCUACCCCUGCCCCCGUGGAGGAACCUGCCCUUCUCGAUGGGAAUUGGGUGUUGCUGUACACUGCGUCUUCGGAACUGCUGCCUCUUCUAGCAGCUGGAAGAUUGCCUUUGUUGAAGUUGGACAAGAUUUCUCAAACAAUUGAUACCAGUAGCUUCACUAUUAUAAACUCCACAACACUGUCUAGCCCUUUUGCAUCUUUGUCUUUCAGUGCAUCUGCCUCAUUUGAAGUUCGAAGCCCUGCAAGAAUUCAGGUCACUUUUAAAGAAGGUGCAAUACAACCUCCAGAGAUAAAGUCUAAAGUUGACCUACCAGAAAAUGUGGACAUCUUUGGCCAAAAGCUUAGCCUACAGCCUCUGCAACAAUCCCUUGGUCCACUGCAAGGUCUGGUGGAAAACAUAUCGCGGGUCAUUUCUGGUCAGCCAGCUCUCAAGAUUCCCAUCCCUGGCGAGAGGACAAGCUCCUGGCUUCUUACUACAUAUCUUGACCAGGACUUGCGAAUAUCAAGAGGAGAUGGUGGUCUUUUCAUUCUAGCCAGAGAAGGAAGUCCCCUUCUUGAUCCAUAGGAAAGUAAUAGUAGUCUUUCUUCUUCUCCCAUCCGUCCCCGUCCCUAAGAAUAAUCUUAAAGGUUUAUUCAAAAUGUCUCAAUUCUUUUUCCUAUAAAUUUAUAUUUAAAAAUGACGGGUUAUGCUUUUCAGCUGCAACUCUACAAUAUAUAAACUAUCGGAAAGACAGUGUCAACCCCCUAUUAGCUUCGGUGAAAUAUUGAAUUGGUGAGGGAAUACGAAAUCGAUUUUAUGAAGCUACUUUUGAGAUU